AUUUGGAGACCGAAAAUAAAUGUCGACCAUGACUACUGUUUGGAGGCUCCUUUUUUGAGUUUUGCGACUCCAAGCACGAUCUGGCCAUUUGAAGAAGAAUGCUGAGGCGUGUACUUUGCAGUUAGCUACAUUAUAAUAUCAAGUAGCCACCUUACUGCGAGAGAAUUACAGCCGCGGAGCUUCGACAGGCCCGGAAAAAGAGGUGUUGCCGGUCGGUAGCCGGCCAGUGUUUCACAAGGAAAGACGAUACGAUGCAACUGGUGAAGUGACGCUGUGUUGUUAUACCAAGGUGUCAGUGUAAUCCAGCCUCAUAACGGCGACGAAGAAAGGAGAAAUGUGCGGCGGCAAAGAAGAACACUUCGCCUUCGGCCCAUGGAAAGUGACGGGCCGCUCUAGCCACAUCCUUCAGUCACAGUGUCCAACACCAAGCGUGUGCAAAAGUGCCCCGUCCGAUGGGACCGGUGAAAACAGGCAAAUCUGCCUCUUUUGCAGGUAUGUUGAUGAACUGAAGCUGCCAAGCCAUCCAGACAUGACCUUCGCCAACAACAUUCUCCGGUUAGAGCAUGCCGAUGGGUUUGGGAUAGAGUUCACCUGCAUUGAUGCUCUGCGCUGUCUCAGCAGCGACAACUACAUCCCCAAGGUGGCAGCAGCACAAGCGUGGCGGGAAGCAAGGCCACUUGCCGACUAUUCCAAAGACGACGAAGAACAUUUUGAUUGGACUUUCACCACCGACUACAAGGGGACACUUUUUGGCAACGACAAAGCUAUUGCGGUGAAAGAGACUGAAGAGCGCAUUGACUUGGAGAAGCUGAAGAAGCGAGAGCAGAUCCUUUUUUACCAGGACGUUUGUCUCUACGAGGAUGAACUGGCCGACCAUGGAGUAGCGCAGUGCUCCGUUAAGCUGCGCAUCAUGAAAAACUGCUUCUUUCUUCUGCUGCGCUACUUCCUGCGAGUCGACAAUGUUCUCAUACGCAUGAACGACACACGUUUCUACCAUGAGGCAGGCUGGAAUUACAUACUGCGGGAGUACACCAGUCGGGAGUGCGAGGCAUCUCAGCUCGAUCUACCAGUUGCAGUGCUGAGAGAUCCUGCUGCGCUGUGUGAGCAUAUUCCAGUACGCAAGACGCUGAUGGAACGCCUGCAGCUUCCUUGCUGAAACGAGAGAAGAGAGAAAGACUGGUUUUUGCAUUGUCGAGUGGUGCUCACUUAAUGGUCCCAAUGCUUCUGACCACUGAAUUUCCAUUUGCUUUGCGUGCCAGUUUCUUUGUGCAUAAAAGUGUUCCUUCGUGGAGUGUC